AUGAAGCAGCCAUCGGAUCACGUCGAGAACAAAGCUCGUCAACGCGAAGAACACGGAGCGAGUCAGGAUGAUGAAGAUCAUGGUUCAAAGUAUGUGGAGCAAGAGCAAUGGAAGGAACUGAUAGCAGUGGAGGAAUCGAAGGAACUGAAUGAAUGGUACCAAGAACCAAACGAGUUUUCAGAGUUGGCACCAGGCUACCAGCGACGGGACAACGAGACGACGGAUCCGUUCCACGACGGAUUCUCCCCAUUUCCCGAUAUCAUGGAUGACAUUCAACCACUACCAGACAUGGUUCCACCAUCUCUGCACAGUGGAGGGAGCGGGACCAGAGAGGUCGAACCAGGAGCCUACGCUUUGGGUGGCGGAAUACGACCAGCGUUUUAUCGACCAAGAACAACAUCUGUGUCAAACACAGCAGCUGCUGACUUGAUAGCACCGGGAAUAGAAUUGGUGCCUAUAGAUACAGAUACAGAUACAGCUCCAAAUGCUGCACUGGAGGAAGGACUUGUUCGCGCACAGCCCGUGGAGGAGGAUGUGGAAUGGGGAGACCUACCGGAAGCAGAACCAAUGACUGAGCGAGCAAAAAAGCUAUGGAAAAAGAAGAUCUGCUUAUCCCUUACAGUGGAAAUGAUGGUCGGAAUCAUCAUGAUACUCACAACCACUCUUGCAGUUGCCUUCAGAAGCAGUGACCACGAUGAAUUGCAACAAGCGACUGGGAUUGUCAAUAUUCCAACAACAUUAACAACAACAACAACAAGCCUGGAAGCCACAAAACACCCAGCUACCUCUACCAUGGAUGCCAGAAUAGUGGCACUCAAUCUACCUGACUACACUGUGGAGGCUAUGCAAGAUCACGGAUCUCCACAACACAAAGCAUAUGAAUGGAUUUUGGCCAACUGGACCAACAUUGAAACCUAUCCAAGCUGGAGACUGAAACAAAGGUUUGCCCUAGCAACACUUUUCUACUCAACUAGGGGUCAACAUUGGGUAAAUCAUCAUGGCUGGUUGGAUUGGGAAACACAUGAAUGCCAUUGGGAACAGAGUCUCAUUUACUCCAAAGAUGAUGCUGUGCCCUGUGACAAUUCUGGCCACAUGCAAAGCUUGAGAUUUUUUAAUACCCAGUUGGUUGGAACCAUUCCUCCAGAGUUGUCUCUGUUGAGUUCCAGUUUGGAACGUUUGGAUCUACAAGGCAACCUGCAAUUGACAGGGCAACUCCCAACAGAGAUUGGACUUCUCAGGAAGCUAUCAACUUUGUGCAUAUUACAGACAGAUUUUUCUGGAAGUCUACCAACUGAGCUGGGUCUGUUGGAAAGAUUGGAGUAUCUUGGGCUUGGUUCAAAAUCAACGACCGGAAAUGUUCCAUCAGAGCUGGGUCAGUUAGGCAAAUUAACUGAUCUAUCAUUUCUGGGGAUGGCAUUAAUAACAGGAACUCUUCCUACUGAAAUUUACAAACUGCAAUUUCUGUGGGUAUUUCUUGUUGAUGACUGCCCUGGGAUGGAUUCUUCAUCUAUCUUGGCUGCUAUUAUCACCAGUGAAAUGGCGCGGCUUAAAACGCUUGUGCUUAAAAACAAUGGAUACAGGGCUGGUGCUCUCUCAAUGCCCUUUUUUCCAGCGGACAUUGGAAGGCUCUCUGAAUUGAGAGUACUUUAUCUCAAUGGCUGUCAGUUGCACAAUGCCAUACCCAGUGAGAUUGGAUCGGGGACAAGAAAGCUGACAUCACUAUAUCUAAAUGAGAACCACCUGUCACAGCAACUCCCAUCAGAGCUGUUCAUGCUCACAGAUUUGAAGUAUUUGAGUUUAUUUUCCAACCAGUUGACUGGAAAGAUCUCACCGAAGUUGUUUGAAAACCUCAGGAAGCUGGAGCGCUUCAUCAUCAACAACAAUCAGUUUUCGGGUUCUCUUGCCACUGAGAUUGGUUUGUUGUCAAACCUUAAAGAGUUAGAUCUGCAAUCCACCGCCCUGUCUGGGACUCUACCAUCAGAACUGCUGGCCUUGCCAAAUUUGAAUGGUCUUUCAGUUGCCAAUACUUCUCUAUCCGGCAGAAUACCUGAUGGCCUCUGCAGUGCUCUUUACAGGAAUGAGUUCGAAUGCCAUGACGCACAUGGAUGUUAUCCAAAGAAAGCCAAGACAGAUGCUUGGGCGAAAAGCAUGGAAACAACGAAACUCGUGGAAACAACGGAUACUCACUGA